AUGAGAAUCGUUUACACAUUGGGUCUGGUUGUUCUCAUCUCAUGGGGUUAUCAAGUUCAAACCCAGAUUACUCCCGAUUGUGAUUUGGAAUUUGCUUCGUCUGCUCUUGGAAUUGUGCAGGCUCACAUUAAUGACCCGAUGAGAUUGGCCCAUGUUGAGGCUAUUCUUUUCUCAUGCAAUAAAUCGAGGAUGCAAAAGCUCGCAGAAAUAUCUGUAUUUCUUCUUGAGAAAGGAACGUUCCCUUCACGAGCAAUGGAAGAAAUUCGAAAGCUGGGAUUACUAGUAAAUGAAGAGAAGAAAAAAUGGCUUGAACAAUUUCGAAAAAGAAUGCCGACCAACCUUGGAAAGACAGUGGACGAUGUUGCACAAAUUUUGCUCAACAAUUCAUUGAGCGGCAAUGAGAAAGUGAUGGGUUUUACGAACACUGUUGGCGCUCUACCUCGCGAAUACAGAAGAACGCUUGAAGAUGUGUUCAAGCAGGGGACCAUCCCUGCACAAAUCAACCCAGUUCCGGCGGAGAUUGGUGUUCAUCAUAACAACGGCGCUACUGUUCAUGUUGAGCCGGAACAUGAGGCCACGGAAAAUCAUGCCAACACUCCUGCACCGUUUCCAAUUGAGAAGGACAAGGACGAAAUCAGUCAAGUUUCAGAACUUGAAAUUCCUUCAAGCACAAUUAUUCGAAGAAGCGACACACCACCUAUGGAGAACUCUGCAAAACCUUUCUCUCCACUACAACAAAAACUGCAGCCAAUAAAACCAAUCAACCAAAAAAGUAGUUAUCCGGGAGAUGGAUUACUUGAUGCUACGGACAAGAGUCGCAGAGAGUCCAAAGAAAGCACAUUCCAUCUGGGAGCCUUUAACGCCCCUGUAAAACCUAUAGCAAGCUUCAAUAGCGACAAGCCUUCUUCCGUGGGGCAUGUACAUAGGCAAGCCGAUAUUGCACAAAUGGACGAUUCUGACUUACUGAAUCCUCGAUCAUCGAUUUUGUCGGAUGCUGUACGCUUACUUGAAAAGACAAUUCCUCUCAUCAAAACAGGGUCUUCUCCUGCAGUGGCCAAGGAUUUUAGGCGUUUAUCUCCUUUCACUUUCUCGCAACCUGACCAGACGCGGAAUCCGUUAGUAGGUUAGUC